GGAAAGCGCUAAACACGGAAGAUGCCCAGACAGACCGAGUAAGCCGGAUAACUUCGCAAAGCGCAGACGGAGGUUCUAUCAUUGUAAAGAGUACCAUAUAACAUCGACGGUCAAGAUGGCGAGCUUUAAAGAACAAUUGCUCAAGCAAAAACUCAAACCUAGCCCAGAGCCUAUGAAGGAUUUCUCGAGCCCUAAAAUGGCGGGGUUCAUAAAACAAGCAGAUAUAGAUGAAUAUCAGGGCAAGGUUUUAGAUGUGAACACAGAGAAGUGGCUCGAUCUACUUAAGGAUGUGACUUUUACAACUUGCUACAGUUCAAUCUCCAUUGAGCAAGCUAGACUUUUUGUCAAUGUUUAUGAACGAAUCUAUAAAAAUCUUGACCACAGAAGCAUCUGUCGUCUUUCAUGGGAGGACAAAUUGUUACCGGAAGAGAACGUCAUUUUGGAAGGUAUGCGCACAGAGUUAGCCAUAGCAAUGAAUGAGUACGUCAAAGAAGGUUAUGUUUUUGUCAAAACCUCCAGUCGAAGUCCAAAAGAUGGUCCGUUGGCUCAGGAACGUUUGGAACAUUUGUAUCGCCAAAGAUUGUCGAGUUUUCCAGAAGAAGACCGUUCAAAAGAAAACACAAAACUCACCACUCUUUUGCAAGUUUGCUUUGACGCCAUGAUGGUCAAAAGUGCCGAAGAAGUGAUGGACUUGUUCAUGAGAAGUGAACGGAUUUAUCAAGAUAUGCUUCUGGCCUUAGCGGUUCCUGAUAGAUUCCACGAGAAUUUCGUGAUCCGACAGUUUGUUCCCAUCGACGUUGACAUGGAAUUUCGGGGUUUUGUGUACAAUCAUGAUCUAGUGGCUCUCUCACAGUACAACUACUUGAUCUUCUCUCAACGGCUACUUGAGCAGCAGGGUGGCAUUGAGCAAAAACUUAUUAAGUUCUUUGAAACCGAAGUCAGAACACGUCUAAUGUCUGAGGCAUUCUCAAGCAACUUCAUCAUUGACUUCGCCAUUUCCCAGAAUGGGACACCGAACGAGAAACUCUGGGUCAUUGAAAUAAACCCAUACCUGGAAACGACAGAUGGCGCCCUAUUCAGCUGGCAGCACGAGCGCCACUUACUGGAAGGCAAAGGCGGUUUCCAAUUUCGGAUAACAACGCGACCAAAGCCAGGAGCAAAGGCAAUGCUGCCAACACGUGCAAGGGAUCUACUGAACGAAAAUUAAAAUACAUUUUGAAAUAUUUUAUGCAUUCUUGACAUGUGAACUAAUUUGCGACAUAAGUUAACUGACUAUUUCAUCUAUUCAACAUUAUUUUCAUAAACGACUGUAAACUUUUUAGUUGAAUGUAGGAUGUGUUUCAUAAUAGAUAGUUCAAUACGACACUGCGUGCAUUUCCCUACACAGGGCGUGUAUAUUAGUGUGGGAAGUUGACAAAAAAAUUCCAAACAUAGCAGACGAUUUGAGUUGCCCUAUUUGAAAGUUUAAACGACUGGAUUACUGUUGAAUGAUGGUUUACCAAUGCUGCCUUCGACAUAUUACAUUUCGGGCGUUUUAGGGAAUCGGUGAAGAGCAAACAUAAAGUAGGGUUCGAGCCGGGUUUUUUUUUUAAAUUGUCCGCGUGUAAGCCUAUAUGACACACGCUUGGUGUUACCGGCCCCAAAUGCAAGGCCGCGGGUUAAGUAUAGGGACUGGAGAAGGUAUUGAUCAUUUUAGUUUCUAAUGCUUUGUUGCUGAUCAGGGCCUUCGCCACUACCUGUGUUUGAAAUAAACACAGAAAAAUUUAGAACAUUGAAAUAGAGAGGGGAAAGUUCUUCUGCCAUACUUUAACAACUUCGACAUACAACACAGACGACUACGAACGGUGGGGACUUCGAUUCACCCCUACACUCACGUCUUCGUAUCUUGCCGUUGGUCUGUCCGAUGUAAACCUCGCACCAACUUACAGAAUUAUAAGAACAUUGAAAUAGAGAGAGAAAGGUACUUCUGUUAUACUUGAACAACUUCGAUAUACAACAAAGGCGACUACGAACGGUGGGGGCUACCAUUCCCCCCUUCACAUGGUCGUAUAAACGUAUAUUCCCACAUUAGGCAAACAGCACCUUCACCUUCUUGUCUGCAUCUUUUUCGUUCAUCACAUCGAUAAAAUAUAUACAAAUGUAUAUUGACAAACAUGAAGUUCAUACUGGAAGUCGUUUCACUUAUAGCAGAGUGGUUGGUGAUGUCAAACAAGUUCAAGUGGUAAUAGAUUACAGAACAACUGCUGCCUCAUUCCAAUACCAAACACACCACAUACAUAAAGCAGUCCCACCCACUUCCAGUACACUAAGACUGGGCUAACCAGUUUUACAUGGCCUGUCCUAUAUAUUUGAUAACUUGAUUGUUCAAGUGGAGAUUUUUUCACUUUCAUAAUGGUAAGCCUACGCGUUUAUGAAAAAUCCGCUGAAAUAUAAGUAAGACAAUUUUCGAAUUCGCAAUACUUACCCUUCAAAACAUCUCUUUUUUUUAAUUUCUACUUUUACACGAUGGAUGGCUUAGUUUGAUGUACAAGGCCUGAUCUUUGAG